AUGCCGCUGCGAGCCCCCGAACCUCGGAGCCAGACCCUGCACCGUUCGGUCACCGUUCGUCUGACUCUGGACCCUCAGACCCCCCUGAGGCUUCAGAGCUCCUCCUCCUGGGAUCCACCAGCUCCAGCCCACAUCCGGACUGUCAGGGUACAUGGUCACUGUAUGUGUAAUCACAACACUAAAGGACUGAACUGUGAAAAGUGUCAGGAUUUCUACCACGAUCUUCCAUGGAGACCGGCUGAGGGACAAUAUACCAAUGCCUGCAAGAAGUGUAACUGUAACCAACACUCAGACUCGUGCCACUUCGACAUGGGCGUGUUCUUGGCUUCAGGAAAAGUCAGCGGAGGAGUCUGUGAAGACUGUCGGCACAACACGACUGGGCACCACUGUGAGCAGUGUAAACCAUUUUACUACCAGCAUCCGGAGAGAGACAUCAGAGACCCUAACAUUUGCAGUCCCUGCAGCUGUGACCCUCUGGGCUCUCUACACGGAGGUAUCUGUGACGGCAUGACGGACGUUCGAGCUGGUCUCAUUGCUGGUCAGUGUCGCUGUAAAGCCAAUGUCGAGGGUGAACGCUGCGAGCGCUGCAAACCAGCUUACUUUGGCCUCAGUAAUGAACCUGAAGGAUGCAAAGUGUUCCACAACUAUUGUGUGAUUGGUCAGAAAUUUAAAGUAGGCGUGGACGUGGUCAUUUUGGUAGAGUAG